AUGAGUCUUCCAUUACAAGGAAGAACAAGAAGCCGCAAACAUUUUUAUUAUUAUUAUCUAAUUUGUAUAAGAUAAAAAAAAUACCAGAUUUGCCGUAGAAAUCUAAGAAGUGAUCGGAAUCUGUUGAUUUUACUCUUGGAUGUUGUCGAUGGCGGGGCUAAGAUGGGCUAAGGGUUCUGGAGAUUUUAGAAACGAUUUAUAGCAGAUAAUAAGGAAGAAGAAGAAUAAAUGGUUGAAGUUGCUGGUGGUGAGGGAACUCGACGGCGAUUGCCGCCAUGGAUGCAAGGUAAAGCAAGUACACCUAGCGGCGACCGGGAUAAGAGUGAUAAAGUCCAAGAGGUUGGAGAUGAAUUUAUCUCUGGAAAUUUUAAGCCCAGAAAACAGUCUAAAAAAGCUUCCGAGCCUAUUGAAAAAGGUGAAACCAAGAGGAGGAAAAGGAAAAUUUGUCAACAAGACGCACCAUGUGAUAGUGAAAAUGCUUCCCCGGUGAAAAUGAGUAUUGGUCUUCGGGAAAAACAAGUUCAGGAACCUUCUCAUCGGCAAAGAAACAAAACAAAAGUUAGAUUGAGAAGCGGAAAAGAUAGUAAAACCCCAUCUCCGAUUGAGGAUGAUGAGGAAGAACUGAGUCCAGAAGAUUUGUUGAGCAUCGCUAAAGAGUAUGUCAAAGCUGAUAAAGACAUAGGGCUGCAAGAGCUAUCAACUGGGGAUUGUGAAUUUGGAAAGCAAUUAUCAACUAUAGCCUCUCCCAAAGCCAAGUCAGAAAGUUCUCUUAUUGCCAUUGAUGGUAACCGAAAAUCGCCUGUUGAUGAAACAACUUAUGAUUUAACUGAAAGUCCGAAAGGUGACAAACAUUUGAUCAAGACCAGCAGAACAGGAGAUCCUGCUCACGACAUGCUGGAUCUGUUUUUAGGUCCUUUAUUAAAGAAACCUGUGGAUGAAAAGAGGACUGAAUUCGUAAGGAGGGAUCUGACAUUUUCCAAGGAAUUAGGAAAGGGAAGUCAGAAUGAUGUUAAAGAAGAAACAGUCCCUUUGACAAAGAAGAAGUGCACACUCAGGGAUAAGGUAGCAAUGCUACUCGAUUAAUAGGAAAUCAAGGCCUGCAAACAAUCAUCAUAUGGUGAAAUGAACAUGAAAUUCAAGGCUAAUCCUGAUCUUUUUUAUUUGUAAAGUAGAUGUUUGCAGUGGCGACAGUCUGUAAAAUGUACCUCUUCAUAUUGGCUUAUCAUGCUCUCGAAGUGCAUAGUUUACCUGCAACUUGGUAUUCUGAGUUUUUCUUUUCUUUUCUUUUAGCUGAUGUACCGAAGUGAUUAUGUAUAAAUUUUCUUUUAGAACCAGCCAUUUUCAGGUUUCAGUAUGCAAGAUCUGGUCAUUCAUGUUACUAAAUCCUGUUUCAAUUGUAAAGAUUCAAUGAAAAUGAUUUUUAAUUCUCAGUAUGCAAAGAA